UUUAUGAUUUGAAAGAAUUAGCUUGAAUUUACAGAAUUCUGAAAUUGGCUUUUCUUGAAUUUUUCAACCGAGUAUAUGUUUUUCUGUAUAUAUGAGAAAAGGGUAUUCUUUAACCCUGUGAAAAGGUAUCAUUUGGUAUGUAUUAUUUUAAAUAGUUUUGACACGGAUGCCAAAAAAGUUGUUUUUGGAAAAGCUCUUUCAAUGUCGUGGAAAAUUUUUGCUUCUGAAACUAAUUUAGUCAUGGGAGAGGACAAAUAUUGUACUAUUUUCCAGCUUAUGUUCACAUGCAAAUGCUUGAGUCAUAAUACGAGUUCGUUUUUUUUUUAAACUAAGUUUUUUUUCUUCAAAGUUGUUCAUUUUCUAUAAUUUACUCAGAACAUCUUACAAUUAAUUAACCAAUCCAUUCCGUUUUCACUAACUAAAAAUUAGACAACUAAAAUGUCAAAAAAUGAAAAUUUUUCAAUCCCCUUUCAUUGUUGUUGUUGCUGCUGCUGCUGUUGUUGUUGUUGUUGUUGUUGUUAGUAACCAUUUAGCUCAUAGACGAUAAGAGUGAUAUUGUUGUCUCUCUAAUUGUACUGUCCUCUGUUGUUGUAGCUAUGCUGGAUUUUGUGGGAGAGCUUCGUUUUGAUUCGGUUCUUGGUUGCCAUCGUUUUUCAGCACUUCAUCUCCAUAGGAGAUGAAGUUCAAGUUGAUUGGAGUUGUUUUCGCUAUUCCCUGCGUAGUGCCCUUGUCUACGGCAGAAUAGUUGGGGUAUGCCACAUGUGUGGUUAUAUGAAUAGCGUUUCAGCACUGUACUCAUUUAGGCUUUGCUAAUCCAUAUUUCGAAGUCAGCUCUUCGUCGCGCUGUCCUCGUAGUAAGACUCAGGCGUCGGCCAGUGCUGAGUGGCAAUAUCAAAUUACACCUGCAUAUUAAUUGAGUUCGAUUUUGGUUCCGUGUGAAAGAAUUUUAGACUCGGAGGUUUUUUUAUUAGACGACUCAGGUAUCAUAAACAAAACGUCGCACAUUGCUUAAUGAUAUAACAAGUUAAAGCCUUUUCAUUUGGCUGUUUAUCCUUGUUAGGCUGCAAUGCGCUGCUAUCUUCAAUUUUGGCUGUUUAUCCUUGUUAGGCUGCAAUGCGCUGCUAUCUUCAGUUUUCUCAUGUUGAGGUCCUUGUUUUUUUUUGCUUAUUAACUUCGUUCUUUUUUGUUCCAAACAAACUCCCCAAGGUGGUGAAAGUAAACAUGGAUUGAGCCUUACAGGGUAUCAAGUGUGAUAUCAUAAUAUAGCCGUUUCAGCCGUGAUUCAGUUUUCAAGUUUAAUUUUCAAUAUAUUUGGCCGCUGCUGGUAACUGAUAUUUUCUCCAAAUAAGAAAAAAAAAUAAUGCAAUUUUUCAUUUCUACCUGGUGAUUAGCAAGGGUAUUGUAACCGACAAUGGGCUACUAGACUUGUUCCCGUGAAUAAUUUUGUCCACAAUGGUCAAUUUAGAAAAAUGGUAGUCUAAUUCUGAUAAUACACUUACUGGUGUACCACUUCCAUCCUAUUGUCUACCGCCUAUUAAGGAUUCAAGAUUUUUUAGUGGUUUAUGCGAGACAUUCUCAUGUGAUUUUGAUACCGAAAUAGUUUUUUAUGAUUUUCAGCUUAUUGGGCGUUGGCUUGAAUUCUGUCGGCUUAUUUACCUAGCGUGUUUUCGAUUAAUUUCUGGUCAAGUUUUUUGAAAAUGAUUUAGUUUUGAGAAUAAUUUAUUAUGGAAAAAUCGAUGUUUUGUUUUUCUUGUCAUUUUUCUAAAGAAUUUUUUUUCAGUUUGCUUAUUUUACUAACACUGUGGAAUAUGCCAAAUAGUUCUCCGUUCAGCUCCUUUUAUCUCACCACACCGAAAAAACGACACUAAGUUAUGACUAUGGCCGGAACAUUUUGUGCUACUUGCACAAUAACCGGCUAUCCUUUUCUUAAAUUGGGUUUGCGCUAACUCUUGAAUUAAUCAUGAAAGUAAAUUGGUUUUUGUGUAUGUAGUUUGAUCUUUUAAUCUUGGAAAUUUGAUUUCAUUGGCCUUUUUUCCAGGUACCUGUUGAUUUUGAUUCACAGGUGCAAAUAAAAAUCUGAUGUCAAUCGAAAAAAGGUUUAAAAUGCUUUGUUCAAUCUUUUCCUUGUCGUAGGUGAGCAGAAACAGUCAGCUGAAAUUUAACUGUGAUUUUUUUCAUGCGAUAAAAUAGCUGAAAUUGUAUAGCUAAAUCAUCGCUUAGCGAAUUCACCGCUUAUGCGUUGCUCUAUUUGGUUUUUAUAGGUCUGUAUUUCCUGAGGGUAGAUGAAUUGUCAACUAACUAUCUUGAUAUGUUUUACUCAAAUGAACUUUGGGCGAACUUUAAAUUUUAGUCUUCAUAAUUCUUAGUUUUCUCGACAUUUAGAAGACUUUUUAAAUCUCCACCACUAACAAGCUUUCUAAUGGCCUGGAAAACGACCUUAAUAAUUUUUUGUUUCGAAAGUGGAUUUUUAGACAUUCCAACCGUCUGUUAACUAGGUAUUUAUGUCUGAGGGCAAAGAACUUGACGCAUCGAAAUAUGUUAGCAAUCUGGUAAUGUAUUGCAAAAAUGAAUGGGUCUAUUAUCUAUUGGUAUGAAGUUACUUGGGGUAGACAUUUUGUUUUUAAGCAAAAAUUUUAAAGCUGAGUUGUUAAAUUAUUACACCGAGAUUUAUAUCAAGUUUAACGGCGCGUAAAACUAUGAGAGAUAUCACCAAAUACUGAAAAUUUAUUACGAUUGAAGUAUAUGUAGUUUGAGUUUAUAACCGUGAUUAAGGAUUCUCUAAAAAACAAUUGAUAUUUUUUAUUUGUUUUUGGCUUGUGCGAAGAUGUUGUUUUUUAAUCUUUGUACUAUGCAGUCUUUGAAAAAUCAGAAUUGUUAUAAAAACUUGAAACACCGGCAAAAAUUACACGACUACUUGAUUAACUCGUGGGCCAGAUUGUAUUCAUUUGGACAGACCAUUUAUCUAGACAGUACUAUCAUCAAACGCUAGAAUAUGUAUUCUGUAAUAACAUCUACGAAAAAUUAGACUAGAGUUUUAGUUAUUAUAUUCUCGCAAAAUAAAGAGAGCGGAAAGAAUUGAUCGACAUGACAACAAGAGAUUCUCUGAUGCCUUACAGACGUGUCACGCCUCGCAGUCCUCUGUGGAGGGAAGCGGUGUUCGAUCACAGAAUUUUAUCGACGUCAGAGAAGAAAUUCAGAGAGUUAAGAGAUGAGUACAGACGUAUGCCAGCAUCGCACGAAUUGUCGAGUAAUUUGCCGCCACUUUUCGACGGUGGAGUGGUGAGAGCGAAUACAGCUGCAGUUGGAACUAGACGAGGUAGAAAACGAAACGACGGAAGUUACGUAACAGCCAGUUCACCGAUUCCUCCCGAAGAAAGUUUGCGACAUGACGCAACAAAUGCGAGUGAAUACCACACACAUCUGAAUAAGUUGAUUGAAUUGAGUUCGGGUUUCUGUAAGUCGAAUUACAAGAAGAGGGACUGCGAGGACGGCGAAUCUGUUAUUGGACUGAUUGACAGGUACCAAGGAGACAAGACGGCCAAGUUGGUGCGACACGGACUAGGACGCUACAAGUAUUCGAAUAAGUUCUACACAUAUGAGGGUGAGUGGUACAACGGAAUGAAACACGGACGGGGUAAGCUGACGAUGAAGGACGGCUCCUACUACGAGGGCAUGUUCCUCAACGGGGAGAUCCACGGGAGGGGAGUGAAGGUGUGGGAGAAUGGGAAGAAGAAAUUCGUGGGUAGUUUCAAACAGGGAUGUUUGCACGGGGAGGGCAAGUUGAUGUAUGCCAAUGGGGACUACUAUCAAGGGGGCUUCAAGGGCAAUCUGAGACACGGAUACGGAGAAGCGAAGGACAAAACUGGGUUCUACCGUGGCAUGUUCUCGAAUGGACUGAAAGAGGGCGAAGGUAUGUUCCUGUAUGGCAACUCCGCCUCCUAUGUGGGAGGUUGGCAGAAGAACCUGCCACAUGGAGUGGGCAAGUACCGCAACACAGACGGCUUCAUCAUCUCGGGUGAGUUCAAGGAGGGCAGACCAUCAGUGUGGCCUGCCAAGAUCCAGAUUCUCAACAAGGGUCCCUUCCGCGCCUACAAGGGGGAACACAUCACUGUGCAAGUGCAAUACGUGGACCAGCACGGAAACCCAGUACAGUGCUACGAAGGAUUCGCCGUUUCGAUUAGCUGCUGGUACCAGAAGCCUAAGUUCCCCAAAUUAAACAAGAAGAUUCCAAAUUUGCCAGAUCCUCCGGUGGUGACAGACUCCCUGGAAUCAAUUUCGACGCCCAUGUUCCCUGCAGUCGCGUACCCCAUGUGCCACUUCAAACACUUUGUUCAGUCUCUUUACUACCCUUACUCUAUUAUUACAAAUAUAGAAGAAGAGGCAGCGAAGAAGCCCGAUGAAUUCUUAAGACAAGCAUUCUAUUAUUUGAACGAAUUAAGGGACGAAAUUCUGCAAUCGGGACUGAUGGAUGAGGAAAAAUUGAAGAAAGCUGGACUGAGAAUCCCAGAGGGAAUGGACCACGAAAGCGCAAAAUGGCCAUUACCUAAGAUAGAAACAAUGCCAGUAAGUAUUGACGGGACCGCAGCAUUCACCAGUCUCACAUUCCCGAAUGCAGAUAGACCAGGGGAGCCAUACGAGCCAUUUCUGAUCGAGGAAUAUGCGAAAGUAGUGGACAAGAAUAAGAAGAAGUAUGGAGUCUUUUUCGGGGAGAGACCAACAGACUACAAAGUCGACGCUUUGGGUCGUACAGUAAAAGACGAAAGUGACGAAGACUCAGGAGACGAAGAUUCCAAGUAUCCCGGACUGACGCAAAACGACCUGGAGCGACCGACCCAAGACCAGUUAAAGAAGAUUCUAUUCCACAACUAUGCCAAACAUGGCAACUACUGUCUGAAGGUAGAAGACAACACGCCUGAGGCAGUAUUCAACUGGUUCGGUCUGAAACGACCUGCGAGUGACUACCUGCACGUGAAACUACUCGAGAGCAAAAAGAAGGCCAAGAAAACAGCUUCAAAUAGGAACUCGAGACAGAUUGCGUCUCCUAAAAAUGAUUCCAAUAAAAUGAGCACUUUGGAAAAACCGACUAACGCUUCAUUAAUUUUAGACAGUGAUACUUGAUUGAUGAAUCCUCCGGCUUACCACCAAUUGUACUUCAGCGAACACUAAAAUAGUCAACACUUGAUUACUCUAGUUAUAAAAUCGGAUUCAUUUUAUUGUCUUGAUAGUUUCUAUUCUAUUCUAAUUUAAAAAUUGUUUUGGA